UUCCCCUGCAGAGGCCAUAUUUGUUGAUGUGUCAUAUCAAAGUGACUUGUUGGGCGAUCAGCUGGUUGAACCGGAGCUUUAAUUUCACUUUUAUCCCGCUUGUCUCUGCAUUGAACUAACCAUGGGAUAUAUGCAUUCGAUUUAAACCAAGAAAGGACCAUGGAACAGCCUGGUCCUGUUACAAGUAUGAUGGAAGGAUCAGAAGUUAAAUCUGCGUCAGAGGGAUCAUGCCAAGUGAAUCAGCUUCUCAACAGCACGCCUAACAUAGAAGAGGAGGAACAAGUCUCUCACAACAGUGGACAUGAAGCAGAAAUAUGCUGUCAGGCGACAGAUGAAUUACAGCUUGACAGUGAAUUAAUCAAGAUUAUAAUUGAUGAUGAGAUGGACAUAAAGACAGAGCAGGAAGCUCAGACAUGCAGUCAGGAGCAUCUAGACGAACAGGAGCUGGCUGCUGACACAAGUACAGAAAUUGAAAGGCCUCUACUUAGUCUUUCAAAUGAGACUGAUGGUGCUUUAGUAACCCCAGACACCACUCUGGAUGUAGUAGAAAGCUCUCCUUCUGUUCUUGAAGGGACAACAGACACCAUAUUGACUUUUGAUGCUGUCAUUACAAACAAUAGCGAGCAGCCAUCACUCUUAGUUACUAAUUGUUCCACAGAGCCAUCACCUGCCGAGGAUCGAGAUUCAGCCGAGAGUCCGUCAUCCUCCUCUGUCCAAAGCACUUCGAAAAACUCACCCACCGACUCAACAACCUCUGGGAUCUCUAAUGGCCCCUCUACCCCGAGCUCUGACACUGUCAGCUCCUCGCUUGCUUCUAGCCCGCAAACCAGUGCAACCAGCUUGGUCCCCUCACAUUCCUCGUCAAGUCCUUAUGACACUGAUUGCAGCCGAAAGCUCAUUUCCCAGAUUCAGCGCUCACUGUCAGAGGAGUCACUGCUGGAUGAGCUUGAGUCAGAGCUGUUGUCUUGUCAGCUGCCUGAGGGGGAAAGCAGGGGUGAGAGGAAAGGGAGCCCUCCUGUCAACGGACUCCCCACAGACCAGGAGGGCUGCAUGGUGGUUUUUGAGAAAUGUGUGCAGUACAAGUAUGCACAGCAGGAGAAAGCUAUUCAGAGGUUGCUUGAGGAGAACAAGAGACAUCAGGAGCUGAUCUUGGGAAUUUGUUCAGAGAAAGACAACAUGAAGGUGGAGCUGAAAAAGAGAGCAGAAACAGAAAAGCAACACAUGGCCACCAUUAAAAAGUUGGAGGGCAGGGUGGAGGAGCUGCUGAAAGAAGUGAAGGAGUCGCGGGAUAAACUAAUUCACCAGGAUCAGUCUGCUAAAGCCGCCCUGCAGCACAUGCAGAAGGAAACGGCUUACCGACUAGAACAGGUGAACAAGAAGUGUGAUGAGGCACGCCAAGAGAAGGAGGCCAUGGUGAUGAAAUACGUGCGGGGGGAGAAAGAGGCGCUCGACCUGAGGCGGGACAAAGAGAGUUUGGAAAAGAGGCUGAGGGAGGCAACCAAGGAGGUGGACCGCCAGGCGCUCCGAGGAAACCAGCUGGCUCAGGAGAAAGGCCGGCUGCAGCAGCUGUAUGAUGCUAAGGAAGGGGAGGUUGGCAGGUUGACUCGAGAGGUGGAAAAAUUGAAGGAGGAGAUCAACUCCCAUCUUAUCAAGGUCAAAUGGGCCCAGAACAAACUAAAGAGUGAGGCAGAUGCACACAAGGACACGAAAGACAAACUGAGAGAGACCACAUCCAAGCUGGCCCAGGCCAAAGAAGAGACUGAGCAGAUCCGCAAAAACUGCCAGGAUAUGAUCAGAACAUACCAGGAAUCCGAGGAGCUCAAAUCCAACGAGCUGGAUGCUAAACUGAGGGAGACCAAAGGAGAGCUGGAAAAGCACAAGCAGGAGCAAACAGACCAAUUAGAGGUGCACCGAGUGAAAGCCAAGGAGCUGGACGACCUCAAGAGAAGUUACAAAGAAAGCAUGGACGAGCUCGAAACUCUACGCACCAAGUUAAAGUGUCUGGAGGAUGAGCGCCCACGAUGGGAGGACGAGCUGAACAAAUACAGGGAGAUCAUCAACCGGCAGAAAGCAGAAAUCGGGCGGCAGAGAGAGAAGCUGGAGGAGGUUACCGCACUCCAGGAGCAGCACCAACGUGAUGAACAGGAGAUCACAUCUCUUCGUGAAGAGGUGGAUAGCCUGACCAAUCAGAUGGCUGACCUGCAGCGUGAUGUUCAGGGCAGCAGGGAGCGUGAGGCUGAGUUACUGGGCUUCACCGAGAAGUUGAGCAGCAAGAACGCCCAGCUGCAGUCAGAGAGCAACGCACUACAGUCUCAGCUGGAUCAGCUCACCAGCAGAUUCACAGAGCACCAAGCGAAGCUGGAGGAGACCAACAGGCAACUAGAAGACAAGUCACGACAGCUGAAACAGGAAGAGGUGCUGAGGCAGCAGGAGGUGCAGGGUCUGCAGGAGGAGCGGGCAGCACUGCAGGUAGAGGUGGCCCAACUAAAAACCAGAGUGGAAGAGCUGAGGGAUGAGCUGGUGACACAGAAAAGGAAACAGGCUGCAAACAUCAAGGAUCUCACGAAACAGCUAACACAAGCGCGUAAGAAGCUGGAGCAGGUUGAGAAUGGAGGGUGUGACCGGGAUGCCAGCAGUAUGGGCAGUCGCUCCAGUUCCUCAGGUACUACUGCAGGAUUUGGCUCCUUGAAUGCACGCCACGGUGGGAGCGGCAGCGUUGAAGAGCGGUCACCAGAGAGCCAAUCAGGUCCUUCAGUGGUGGUUGUGGACAGCUUCCCAGAGGUUGACAAGGCUGUGCUUGUGGAGCGUAUUGUCCGUCUGCAGAAGGCCCUGGCUCGGAAGCAGGAAAAAAUUGAGUUCAUGGAAGACCAUAUCAAGCAGCUGGUGGAAGAGAUCCGCAAAAAGACCAAAAUUAUCCAGAGCUAUGUGCUGAGAGAGGAGUCAGGGGCCCUCUCAUCAGAGGCGUCAGACAUUAACAAGGCCCACCUCAGCCGGCGGGGAGGCAUCAUGGCUUCACUUUACACCUCCCACCCGGCGGACAGCGGGCUGACCCUGGACCUGUCGCUGGAGAUCAACCGGAAGCUGCAGGCCGUGUUGGAGGACACGCUGCUGAAAAACAUCACUCUGAAGGAGAAUCUGCAGACACUGGGCGCUGAGAUUGAAAGGCUCAUAAAGCAGCAGAGAGAUCCCGAGGACGGAGUGAGGAGAAAGUGAUCAGGGAAGAGAAAGAACUUGAUGAAUCUCCAUCUGACACACACUCGUUCUUGCAACACGUGAAGGAGCAAAAUUGAAUGUUGGAAGUGCCAGCAGGAUCUCAGGCCCUUGAUCUCUGAUUCUGUCCGUUUGGAGAAGAUGUCUGAACUUACUUGAACUUGUCGCUAUUCCGUCCGCCUCCGUUUUCGCCUCUGAUACAACAAAUCUUCCUCUGGAUCACGUCCGUCCCCCCAGAGCCUUGCCAAGAGAACUCUUCGGGCCAGUGGCUUCGAGCUUAAAGCUCUGAUUGCCUUGUACAGUAAUUGACUGAGGAUGCCAUCGUUAUGAAUGUAUAGCAAAUUCUACCUGGAAAAUAGUUGAAAAAUGACUAAUUCUGAGUUGCCAGUGAUUUCAUCCUAUUAAAAAAAAGGACUGUCUUCUGGUGCAUUAGCCUCCUUGCAGCUCUGUCCACCGUAGCGUACGUACGCUGCGAUGAUCAUUGCCAGCAUGCUCUCUCCAUUUGUCUCCAUCUGCCAAUACGCCAAAUGUACUUUUUGAAAAGACUGCUUCUUCUGCUCGACUCCCAUAUUGCAAGCAAAAGUGAAGAACAGAUCAGCCUUGGCUUGCAGGCACCUUGCGUGCCACCUGUGCAUUUUUUCAUCCUGCUUUUGCUCUGCACAGCACUAGUCCGAGCUGGUGCCUCACAUCAGCACCCAUCUGUGCGACACCGGUGCUAGACUUACAGAAGCAGACUACAAUCUUUGCAGUGUUCUUUGGAGCCAGCGGCACUGUGGAAACAUCCCACUACAGCUGUGGAACAUCAAAAAAAAAUCUAUGACAAAUAUAAAAUCACGCGAAGGUUGAAAUAUAGAGCUGGUCUUUAGUUUGGCCGUUCUGAAUGUGAUUUUUUUUUUUCUAAGUUGACUUAAUAGAGAGUUUCUAUUUUAGUACCUGAUCCUUUUUUGUUUUUAGUGUUACGUGUUUCACAGGAGAAAGCUUUCUCUUCGAUUUUUUUCUUUUAAUUUAAAAUAAUGAGUACCUCAAAUAUUUUUGUCUUUUCCUUACUUUAUUGUGGCCACUUCAUUAGUGCCAACUUCCAACAACUUAUCUUAAUCAGACACAAGCGUUUGAAGAUGAUCAUGCUUCCUUUAAAGUGGUUUAUUUGCAUCGUUGGCAUUUCUCAAAGUUUUUGCAGCAUAUCCAAGUGGUUUAGUGGGGAAAGGACUAAUAUUUGAAGGCAUUCAUGUCACACUCCUCUUUAUUUUCUUUUUUUUUUUUUCUAGUAUGACUGAGUCCAUUAAAAAUGGAAGUCAAGUGUAGAAAAAUCAAAGGGAGAACAGCGGAUCUGUAGCUGUAGCUCAGGAAAGCCAAUGGAACCUACAGAAAUAUGUCCAGGGACAAAGUGCAAUGUUGUUCCUUUAUGUUUUUAUUCGCUCUUUCUUUGAUCCGAAUGCGUUUGUGUGCCAGUAUAGUGUCUGUGCAACAUGCAACUGUGCCGGUGGUUGAGCAUUUAAAACUGUGUGCAUGGCUGCAUGUGUGCCUUUUUAACCUAUCGAGCUUUCAUGUUUACACCUUGUCUACAUGCUUCAGCUGUCGGGGCUUAUGGGUUUGUCUUCUUUUAUUCUUUUUCUUUUUUUUUGUCCACUAGAUUGACCACAGUUUGUACCAUCCAGAGGGGUAAACACAAUUUGCAUUUAGACCAGAGUCUGUCAGACACACACACACACACACACACUCACACUCACUACGUGCAGCUCAGUAACUGUCAGCUAUACACAGUAAUGCUUUUGUCUCUCACUGACACCUGUUUAUCCCACAAGCGUACACACACACACACACACACACUCACACACACACACUUCAGGAUGAGGGAUAGGGAGAGAAGGAACCGGCUCCAUUUCCGCAAUGCCCACGUCUCCUUUCACUUGAUUUGAUCUGAUUGCUGUCACAAAAGGUAAGCGUCCAUCUUUUUUUUCCCUUCUUCUCGCAGUCAGAAACAGGCUUUGACGGGUCAUGAAUGGCUACAGGCCGAUCCCCUCCCCGUACACCCCGAGGCUGUGUUGAAAUGGACCACUAUGUGAAUAAAGAUGAAAGUUUCCAGGAUCGAGGUCACAGAGUCCUGAAAGCCUCCCUGCACCGAAUGCUCUUGCGUUUGAAGUAACUCUGCUUUAAUUUCAUUCAAACUGAUUUUUCUUUGUGACGUGGGAUCAGUAUGUAAAUGUACAGGCAGCGAACCUGGAGAUUACCUCUAGAUUCUCCUUGGUGUUGUUAACCUUUUAAACUCCACAGAUUCAGCAAGGUAGCAUCUUUAUAGCAUUGUCUCACAUUGCAGCAAGCUUUGUUUUUCUGUAAAGCCUGUAGAUAAUGCCAAAAUGAUUUCAUCUAUAAGGCAAAAAUCAGGUGCUUUGCUGCUGAAGAAGCGUUUUGUUGUUUUGCAGUUUGUUUCAGGUGCAGAAGUAAAACACAACCUAUGCAAUAGCCUCGCAUGGGAUUUUCUGAUUACGUCCUCAUAAUUAUCUGAGGCACGUUAAUACGUUUCUUCUGAUUCGGUCACCCAAGAGAGACGAUUGCUGAUCCGAGAUUUUACGCGUUUCCGCAGCCUUGAAACGUAGCCAUGCCGUAGCUUUGUGUGGACAAAUGAAUUGAACCUCAUGUUUCUCUAUGAAUAUGAAGAAAUGGUGUUUCAGUUUGUGCGAGUGCCGAUCUGUAAAACGAAAUGAGAAGUUAGUUGUCUGUUGUUUUCCUGCUGUGCAAUGAUUCCCUUUGCCCUGUUGUGUGGAAUAUUCAAACUGUGAUUAUAAUAUACAUUUGUAGAUACGCCAUUCUGUAAAAUUAUGAUGAGAUGUUUUUUAAAAAAAAAUAUUGAUUCCGGAUGAUGUGUGUACAUAUGGUGUUUCGGAGGAAUAAAAGGAGAUGAGUCUUAACUUCA